CUGGACCUCGGUCCAGUGUGACAGGCGGCGCUGCUGGACGGCAGUCCUCGACCACGAGACUCGUCCCCCGGUCCUGCACACACGGAGCAGACAUGUCGUCGCGGUGCUCCAAAGGGCCGCUGCUGCUGCUGGGGCUGGUGUGCCUCUGGGCCGCGCUCGGUGGCCUCGUCAGCGCCACCCCGGCGGUGGACGACCCCUCCAAGGCGCCGCAGACGGUGCUGCCCACCGAGUACGCGCUGGACCUGCAGGUGGUCAACGACCCCCAGCAGCAGGAGCCCACGUACAACCUGACGGGCCGCGUGUCCAUCACCGUCACCUGCCGGACGCCCACGGACCGACUGCACCUCUCCGUCGGCGACCUGGUGCACGUCGGCGAUGACGCCGUCCUCACGUCGACGCUGACGGGUGACGAGACGAUGAAGGUGGUGCGGUACCCGGCGGGUAAGCACUGGAUCAGCCUUCAGCUGCCCAAGACCCUCAAGGCCGACCACUCGUACCAGCUCAAGCUAAACUUCAGCAGGCCCGUCAUCACGGAAGUGCAGAACAAGGACCGGCUGUACCACGUGGCGCUGCUCGUGCCGCCGGGCCAGGCCGCCCACUACUUCCCCGUCUUCAACGCCAGCGACUACAAGGCGCCCUUCGAGGUGAACGUGACCCACCUGCAGAAGUACACGUCGCUGGGCGCCGCCAAGGCUCGCCAGGUCAUCAAGGUGCUCGAGCGGCCAAAGAACACCACCGGCGACUGGGUGCUGACCGCCUUCGACAAGUCGCAGCCCAUCACCAUCCGGCAGCUCGCCAUCCUCGUCGGCGACUUCAAGCUCGUCAACGAGUCCACCAUCCCUAGGUCCCCAAAUUCGCGCGCGCCGCAGACAGGCUUUUGA